AUGGUCCAAGUACGAUCGACUGCGCAUACCGUCCACGAAUCUUCGCCCCUUAUGGAGUCACGGCGUAGGAGUGACUCUGAUGUGCAGCUGGGGGGUUAUGGCGAGGUUGAAGAUAAGGAUUUGGAUGAUUCGUCGAAGAGUGGGUGGUAUUUGUUUUUGUUGACGAUUUCGAUUGGAGGGUUGCAGGUUGUUUGGUCUGUGGAGUUAUCUAAUGGGUCGCCCUAUCUGCUCUCGCUGGGAAUGAGCAAGGCUCUUCUCGCGUUUGUCUGGAUAGCAGGACCCGUGACCGGUACCCUGGUGCAACCGUAUAUCGGAAUCCGGAGCGACAAUUGCAGACAUCCAUGGGGCAAAAGGAAACCGUUUAUGGUUGGUGGUGCUGUGGCACUUAUCAUCUCUUUACUUGCCCUGUCUUGGGUGCAGGAGAUCAUGGGUGUGUUUUUAUCGGUAUUUGGCGUCGAUCGACAGUCCGGCGGUGCGAAGAUAACCAAUAUCGUCGUUGCGACUAUUUUGAUGUAUUGUCUGGAUUUUGCGAUUAAUACUGUGCAAGCUGCGAUUCGAGCGUUUAUUGUGGAUAACUGUCCUGCUCACCAGCAGGAGGUUGCCAAUGCUUGGGCUAGUCGGUUGACAGGCGUUGGCAAUAUCUGCGGGUUUAUCUUUGGAUAUCUUGAUUUACCAAAGAUUUUACCAUUCCUUGGAAAGACGCAGUUCCAAGUUCUCUGCGCGCUGGCUUCUAUAUCUCUUACCGUCACACUGCUCGCCAGCUGUCUCUACAUCAAAGAGCGCGACCCCAGACUGGAUGGACCACCACCAUCUGAUGGUCUGGGCCUCGUCUCUUUCUUCCGCCAGGUCUUCAAAUCUAUUCGCAAUCUACCACCGCAGAUUGCGCGGGUCUGCGAGGUACAGCUCGCCGCAUGGGCUGGAUGGUUCCCAUUCUUGUACUAUGCGACUACCUACGUUGGCCAGCUUUAUGUCAACCCGAUCUUUGCGGAUCAUCCUGACAUGUCGGAUGAUCAGAUUGAUCGGACGUGGGAGGAUGCUACUCGGAUUGGCACUUCUGCACUUCUUGCUUAUGCCAUUAUCUCCUUCGUUGCUAACAUUGUCCUCCCGCUCCUUGUGAUCCCCACGUCGGGCCAAGUCUCCGAGACGACAGCCCACCAUGAACGAGUUGUCUAUCCCGAGAACGAGGAUGGAGGUACUACGGGAGAUUCUUACGAGCCCCUCCUCGACGGAACACCUCAUAAGAUUGUUGAGGAGGAACCGACGUGGCUCUCCCGUCUUCAAAUCCCCGGCCUGACACUUCGCCGAACCUGGCUUCUCUCGCAUCUCCUUUUCGCAGUAUGCAUGUUCAGCACUUUCUUCAUCUCAUCUUACCCCGCCGGAUCAGUGGUCAUCGGGUUCGUCGGAAUAUCCUGGGCAUUGACACUAUGGGCACCAUUUGCCCUGAUCUCGGCCGAGGUAGCCCGCACCGAUGUCACACGGCGCCCACAUCGUCACGACACAGGGGGAGUCGGCUCCGCGACGGAGCCCGGGAGGGCACAUACUGCUACCACCUCCGGGUCUUAUGCGCCCGUUUCUAGCGAGGAUGAUCAUGAAGAUGAAGAUGAACAUGAUGCUAGAGACCAUGAUCUAGAGAAUGGUGGUCAAAAGCCCGUUCUUAUCAGUGAGGAAGAGAACCUUGCGCAGGCGGGUAUUGUGUUGGGUCUGCAUAAUGUGGCGGUUUCAUUCCCUCAGAUCUUUUCUAGUCUGAUCUGCAGCGCCAUCUUCAAGGUUGCGCAGAAGCCGCGCGGCGAGCCGUGGGAUGAUAGUGUGGGAUGGGUGCUUCGAUUUGGUGGAUGUGCUGCACUGGUUGCGGCAUGGCUUACCAGGAGGUUGGCCGAAGGCUCCAAAUGA